CUCCUUCCGCGAAAGUAGGUUACCACCAUCAUGGAAAGAAGCGGAUAUAGUUCCAGUACCGAAACAAAGAAUUGUAAAAGACGUCAGCAAACACUUAAGACCAAUUUCCCUCACGCCAAUACUUUCUAAAGUUGCUGAGGAGUUCAUCAUACAAGAAUAUGUCAAACCGGCGGUUUUAAAAAAGAUUAAAAGUAACCAAUUUGGCUCAAUUCCAAAAUCAUCGACAACCCAGGCUUUGAUCAGCAUGAUACACACAUGGAGCAAGUAUACGGACGGAACUGGCUCUACAGUCAGAGUGGUUGUUUUCGAUUUCAGGAAAGCUUUCGACCUAAUCGAUCACAAUAUAUUGGUUCGAAAGCUAAAAGAUCUAAAUAUCGCCCAUAAUAUUAUCAGUUGGAUCGUUGAUUUCCUGAAAUGCCGCAAACAAAGGGUAAAAUUGUCACAGGACUGUAAAUCGGAAUGGAAAAAUGUGCCGGCAGGAGUUCCCCAAGAAACAAAGUUAGGGCCUUGGUUGUUCGUGUUGAUGAUUGACGAUAUAGACACCACCAAUACAGACUUGUGGAAAUAUGUGGACGAUACCACAGCCGCUGAGAUGGUAGAAAAAGGAGAGACAAGUAAGAUCCAGAAUAUAGUAAAUGAAUUAACGGAAAAAACGUAUAGGAACAAAUUCCAGUUUAAUGAGAAGAAAUGCAAAGAGCUUCCGAUUUCUUUUACAAAAAAUCACCCUGAAUACGCACCUAUUGUUAUCAAUGAUAAACCAAUAGAAAUUGUGACUACCAUCAAAUUACUGGGUCUGAACAUUUCCAAUAAUCUUAAAUGGAACCAUCAUAUAGAGGAAAUUGCAAAAAAAGCUUCCACUCGGUUGUAUUUCCUGAGGCAACUAAAACGUGCCAAAGUUGCCGAAAAGGAACUUUUAACUUUCUACAAGACUUGUACCGGCCUAUAACCGAAUACGCCUGUCCUGUUUUCCACAACGGAUUAUCCACGUAUUUGUCAGAUGAAUUAGAACGUAUCCAAAAACGCGCAAUGCAAAUUAUAUUCCCAAAUAUUAAUUAUCAGGACGCACUGAAGAACAGUAACUUAUUUUCUUCAUACGAAAGAAGAGAAUACCUAACGAAUAAACUCUUUGAAGAGAUAUGUUCUGAUCCCAACCAUAAACUGCAUUAUCUGGUGCCGAAACUAAACGAAACUGAUAUUGGACUAAGGAACAGACGUAUGUUUAACUUUCCUGUGUGUAAAACAAACAGACUAAAAAAUAGUUUUAUAUUUAGUAAUUCAAGUAGGAAAACUUUUUAAUCCUAGUUUAUAUUUAUACUUAUUGGAUAUUUCAUGUAAAAUUAGUUUAUCACUAUUUUAAUCACUUUUAACUUUUAUAUUAUGUAAAUUUAUAUGCAAUUCAGCCAUUUUGGCUGCAAUGAUAUAUCUUAAUAAACUAUCUAUCUAUCUAUCUAUCUAUCUAUCUAUAAUAUCGUGGGUUUGAUUCCAAUUUCAGUAUCAGUUAACGCUCUUCGGAAAGUCGUGAGUAUACUCCGGAUACUCCCGUUUCCUACCAAGGGGAAUAUUGGCAGGGUUGAAUUGGAUUAUCCCCUAAGCUGGGAUUAACCCUAAACUAACCCUUCCAUUGCAGCUGUGCUCCCUAAUCAGGCAUGAGUCGUAAGGCGCCUGCCAGAGGCGCCCCUACAAAGCCUUCCGCUCGAUCACAUAUUGAGCUGCGUCCUUCGCAAUUCAGCUUAGCUCUCAGCUGCAAAUAAGAAUUUAUGGGGCUUCGGUGGUCAAGUGGUUAGCGCACUUGCCUUUCACCUCUGAGGCCGCAGGUUCAAACUUCAGUGAGAACUUUCUCAAUGCGACUCGAAGCCUGUCCUCGUGUGAAAAGGGUAAAAGUGAACGCUUUGCCGAAAGUCGUGGGUUUCCCCUGGGUACUCCGCUUUCCUCCCAUCGCCAACUAUUUCGGACAUUGAGUCAGCAGUGCGCCAGCGGAUACCCCCGUAAAAGUCAAUAUAUUUUAGGCAAAGAAAUCUAUAAAAUACAUAGGAGUCAAACUAAAAACAUCGAAUUGACAAAAAGAUAUUUCGAUUAUUUUAUUUGCUCAAAUGGAGUAGUAUUCCUACAUCGCAUACAAACAAAACUGUCGAAAAAAAUAACUGUUAAAACCUUAUUAAGUUUUUCGUUUCGACAUUCAGCUUCUGAACGCUUUACUUCUAUAGACUUGUAUACUAACUCGGCCGCCUGAAAUCCGUUCGAUUACCGAGUUUCCUUGUUCAAUUUCUAAAUUUCUGUGACUGCUAUGUGAUUUGCUCAAAUAGAACGCCAACCUUGAGGAUCCUCGCUAGCUGCUCACAAAAAUUGGGCACAUAAAACAUUGAAGAAGUUUUUCGUAUUUACCAUCAAAUAUCAUGAAUUUUCGUAGACACUUAGAAUAUUAUGCGCUGUUAAUAUCUGGUCGUAUCGCCGCAAAUUUUAGUGCGUUUAAAAGCUAAAUUGAAGGCGAAAUAUCACUCGCAGUAGGUUGUGCUUGGUACCAAAAUGAUCGCCACGAUGUGUAUUUUUCAACCCUGCAAACGCUUCUGGGAUGCACGAAAAACAAUCCGUGCUGAGUGCCAGCGGUAGAAGUUGAGCCAUUUGGCUGUUGCCAAACUAAAAGCUCAACCAAAGGUCAGCCGUGUUAAAUAACUUAAAACUCGACGAAAUAUUGUAAUGUUUUCUGUGCUUAAAACCAUUUAUUUUGACAAUAACGACUAUUCAAGCGUCGAAAUUAAAAGUUUAACCCAUAGGCGAAACACUUAUGAGUUUCUAUUAGAACUGGCUCGUUUAUUCCCACUUGGUCAUUUCAAAACAUUGCAAAACAUUCACGUUACGCAUUUCAGGGAGCUUCCGCUGGAUAGCAGGAUUGACAUAAGACCGCAAUAGUUGGCGAAGCACAGGGAAAGUUAACAGGGUGGCUUAGACAAAGGGCCCACAGUGAUCGCCAUAUGCUGUUGUGGUGACCCCGCCCUAGUUGGCAAAGCUAAAUAAAUAAAUAAAGAAUAACAUGCACCCUCCCUCCAAUUCAAAUGUCAAGAACAAGCACAGAUUUUAUCGGAUUACUCUGAAAUGUCGCAUUCUGUAUUGUUUUAAGGUAUUGAGGUGUGUCAUAUUUGGAUUGAACGAAAAAGUCAUUGCAUAUUUUCAUCCUUGUGCUUUCGUACCAUGUGUUUUACGUUACUUGCAGGUAAGAGUUCGCUGAGAUAAACCGAAUGCAAAAUCGGUUUUAUACAAGAUUUUGACAUUUUGCCGACGUACGAGAAAGAGUUUUAAAAUAAGAGCCUUAGAUGUAUAAAUCAAGAACGGAGAUAAUGUCCAGCUUUUUUCUUUCGCUAUUCACUUUUGUCAUUUACAAUUCCGUGCGUCACUUUAAGAGUAACCAGCGUUGCUGAUAAGCGCCAAUGUCCGCUCCGAUUACUAGCAAGCUGUCAAUAUUUAACCGUAUCCAGACUGGGGGGGGGGGGAGUAAAUUGUUAUAACACCAUAACGUAUUAAUUUAAAUAAUGAGAAAUCACAAUUUUUCCAAAAAAAUAUCAGGAAAUACAAUAGUGUAGUGAUUGCUUUACUUAUAAAGUCAUGUUGCCAUGACAGCGAAGAUAAUUCUCACGUUUCAAGCCAUAUUACUUUUCAAAUUUGUAUGCAACUUUUUUCAAUGGUUUGCCAACUUUUGAGCCCAAAGCUUAAGUUACUUAACAUUUCCGUUAUUUUUAGACCAUUUAUGUAAUUAUGAAUAAAACGUAGCGGUAUUCAAAAUGGGGGAACCAUGACAUUAACAGAUGUCGUAAUCUACAAAUUCAAAUAGUAGUAGUAUUUAGACUACUCCAGGACCUUGCAUAAAUGUAUUAAACGGUUGUAAUUUUUAUCCGUUAGAUAAACGAAUCAAAGCUUC